GGUCCACACUUAGUGGCCCUCCGAAUUAGCAUUUACCUCCUGAUUCGCGCAUACUUCCUUCAAGAUGGCUUUGAGCAAGAAGCUCCCAUUGUACAUGUCUACAAAGAACACUAUCAUGAAGAAGCCGCUGGAUUGUGGUAUGAGCACCGUCUGAUUGACGAUAUGGUUGCUCAAGCCAUCAAAUCAUCCGGUGGUUUCGUCUGGGCUUGCAAGAACUAUGAUGGUGAUGUCCAAUCUGAUGUCCUCGCCCAAGGGUUCGGCUCUUUGGGUAUGAUGACUUCCGAACUCAUCACCCCUGAUGGCAAGACGAUGGAAGCCGAAGCUGCUCACGGAACAGUCACCCGUCACUACCGAGAGUAUCAAAAGGGCAAGGAGACCAGCACCAACCCCGUUGCCAGUAUCUUUGCCUGGACCAGAGGCUUGAAGCACCGUGCCAACUUGGACAAGAACGAGAAGCUUACCAAGUGGUGUGAUGACCUCGAAGCUGCUUGUGUUGAAGUCAUUGACAAUGAUGGUGUCAUGACCAAGGACCUUGCACUUGCCAUCCACGGUAAAAAGUGA